AUGUCUUCGGAACGUCGGAUCAAGGCGCUCAAGGUGCGCUUACGUAGCCUCCAAACAUCAUUCACGCUUAUCCAUACCUUCAUGGACGAGUUCGACGUGGACACUGAUGUCCACCAAGUUCCAGUGCGACUGGAGCAUCUCUCGACACUCUGGGUGGAUUUCAAUAAAACCCAAUCGGAAUUGGAAUCGCUAGACGAAGCGGGCUUAGAGCAGCAGUUUAAAUCACGCAGUGAAUUUGAGUCUGCGUAUUAUAAAGUGAAAGGCUUUCUCCUCGCCAACAAUAAAACUCCAAUCAGUGCAAAUAAUUAUAUGGUUGCUUGGAAGCUGCUCGAAGAUCAUUAUCAAAACCCCGUGCGUUUAAAGCAGACUUACGUGGACGCACUGUUCGAGUUUUCCACCAUAAAGCGGGAGUCGGCAGCAGAACUCCACUCACUAGUGGAGAAAUUUGAAUCUAAUGUGAAAGUGCUUCAACAACUCGGAGAACAAACUCAGUGCUGGGAUCUCUUACUCGUCCGGAUGCUCAGCACUCGUCUAGAUCCCACAACUCGGAGAGACUGGGAAGAGUACGCGUCUACUCAGAAUGUAGUUUCAUUCCAAGCUCUCACCACCUUCAUCCAUCGACGUGUAAAUGUGCUACAAACCAUACAGGUCAAGACCAUCGAGAAUCCAACUGUCACCACUGUGAAGAAGCCAACCACUCGUCCACUUGCUAGUCAUGGUGCAGCUCAACUCAACGCUCGAAAGUGCCUAAUGUGCAGUGAUCACCAUCCCUUAUACAGGUGCUCAUCAUUUUCGAACCUGAGCGUGGAGGAGAAAGAGAAAGAAGUACGACGUCACCAGCUUUGCCGCAACUGUCUGCGGAAGGGACACGUAGCGAAGGAUUGUUCUUCAUCUAGUACCUGUCGGAAAUGCCGCAGCCGUCAUCAUACUCAACUAUGUGCCAACGAUGGUUCGAAUUCGGGAAAACCAAAACCAGAGUCAUCAACCGUCAAUCACUCUCCUUUAACAGAUCAGCAGUCUAAUCUCACCGUCUCAGCAACAGCCAUCGAUCCAACCAGCUACGCUUCAGCAGGACAGAGUAGUAAAAGGGUUCUGCUAGCCACAGCAGUAGUCAUCUUGGUCGACGAUACCGGAGUUCAACACGCUGCACGUGCACUUUUGGAUUCGGGCAGCGAGUGUUGCUUCAUAACGGAGACCCUUUCCCAAUCGCUGACUGUUCGGAGAAAGAAAAUCUCUCUACCAAUUGCUGGAAUAGGUCGGUCAUCCACUCAGGCUCGACAAAAAUUCAUUUCCACCAUUCGUUCUCGCACCUCCGAUUUCGUCGCUACUGUAGAAUUUCUCGUUCUUCCAAGACUCACCGUUGAUUUGCCUUCCACAUCGAUCGACAUAACGUCGUGGAAAAUUCCUCCGGAACUGCAGCUCGCUGAUCCAGCAUUCUAUCAAGCCAAUCCUGUCGACCUCAUUUUGGGUGCUGAAGUGUUUUUUGACAUAUUCAACUCGUCGGACAGAAUUCAACUAGGCGAAUAUCUGCCGGUUCUCGUGAAUUCAACUUUCGGCUGGCCACCAUGUCAAACCUACCUGAAAUUAUGGAAAGAUUCUGGUCAUUGGAAGAAGAUGAAUCCACACCUUGCUACUCCGUUGAAGAAGCUGUAA